AUGACUACCGUGGGCCAAAAGGUUAAAGAUGAUAUUUUACCUCAAUCUUCGGAGUUCAUGUAUGUAACCGUAAAAGUGAUUUAUAUACUGCUGGAAUACAACAGCUACGCGACCAAUGCAGGAUUGAUUAUGAAAUCUGAUCUCAGCUGGACAUAUUGUAAUAUCGUAGAUAUCAAAUGGGUCUUUAUGAAUAUUAAAAAUGGAGAACGGUACACCACAGAUGUUAACGUAUGUAGAAGAGACCAAGAAAUAAAAAACGUUGUCUCGGGGAAUUUCCAGUGUGCUGCAAACAUCCCUACUUCAAAGUACUGGAUUUGCCCAAUGUUUUUAAGUAACGUGUGGCUUGGAUUUUUCAAGUAUAAAAACAAAAGUUACCAAACUAAUAAAAAGGGUCAAGCUCUUUUAGUCUUGAAAACCUUAAUCAUAAUCUUCUUCGACGUCAAGAUGUACCAAUUUUCACCAAGAUUUUCUUACGCAAUAGUAUGGACAUUAAAUCGAAGUUUGUCAGAGACUUUUAACAUUACAAGAUUCUCGGAUCAUCUCCCAAUUUAUAAUUUAUCGAUUCCAACUUUUGACUACCCACAGAUGCUGGAAAGGCGCUAUUCAAAUAAUCAGCCAAUGCAAUAG